CACGUCUAUCAAGUUAUGUGGUUGGUUGGUUUUGGUUUUGGUUUGCUUUUUGAAUAGAAUGAUAGUCUGACUAGGUUUUUUUUGUUAUAUAUUUUAUGUAAGCAAUGUAAGUAAUGAAAUCUUGAGAAAAACUUGAACUACCUCUAUUCUUACUCCAAAUAAAGACUUGUUGUAUCUUGUGAUACAUCGUGUUCUGUGUUUUGAUUCCUAAUACCAGACUUUGUGCAUUUUAUCUUUUUAUAUCUGUUUCUAUCUUACAUAUUACGCACCUCAAAGAAGAUUCACGUUUUGCUGCGAGAAAAAACAACAGGGCAGUAUAUAGAAUGUACUAUAUAAACAUAUUGAUUUUCCCCUACAACAUCUGCUUGGAGAUUAGGGAGGGACUACUGAUGAUCACAACAGCGACAUUCCUGAUCCGAAUGUAACAGCCAUGUGUGUUUGUCCUUCAUCACUGGGCAGUUUGUAAGGUUUCGGUGCAACCAUUAAAGUUACGACGUCGACCCCCACACCUUGGGUCCGUUUCUACCCUCGAGGGACGGUCCAAGUAACCGUUAUCAGAGCUCGGAGUUUUCCCGGUUCAAUAGACUGACAGAAGCCGCCAUGCCAGAGGGCCCAACCCUGAAGAAAUGGGCGGUCAUGGCGGGACAGUUCUUGGGAAGACAGGUAGUGGUGACUGGAGGAAACACCAAGAAAGUCGACCUGCAGAUCCUGCAGGGGCUGAGUUUCAGUGAUAUCCAGGUUCAUGGUAAGCAGAUGUUCAUGAAGUUUACAACAGAUCCAUCUGAACUGUCGUCUAUCCAAGUUUGGCUGAGGUAUCACUUUGGGAUGUGGGGUACACUGCGAGUCAACGAGCUGAAGACUCUCUCUAGUUCUACUCUGUACAGGGCCAGAUAUAUCCAGGACCCAAAACCUCGUGUAGUCCUGUUUUUUGGUGCCGAAGAAUUUCUGGCUCUCUAUGGGUGCAGUGUACAGGUGGUUGACACACCAGUAAUAGAUGAUGAAAUUGAUGUCAAUGCCUUCAAUGUCCAGAAAUCCACCAGUUUUCUGAGACAGGAGUUACCAGUGUGCCAUCUGCUGCUGGACCAGAGGUUUGCUGGUGUGGGAAACAUUGUGAAGAAUGAAGCCCUGUAUGCUGCUAGGCUCCACCCCAUGCGACUAGGAAGCACAUUGCCAUCUGAAAAGGCCCUUGAACUUGUGGAGGCUGUGGGUGAUUUUGCCAGGAAGUGGGUGAAAGACGGGACUCCCUACUCAGCAAUGGGAGAACUGAACAUCUACUGUAAGAAGAUGUGCCCACUUGGCCACAAGGUGCGAAGAGAUGUGCUUGGCCAUGGAGAGUUUACAAGAAUCACUUACUGGUGUCCAGAGUGUCAGCCUUUGCAGGCAACAGCUCCCUCUACUGUGUUGCCAGAGGAAGUGCAGGUAGCAGAGAAAAGCAAGAAGGGACCUGGAACAUUGCUUGCAGAGGGCAUAACAAAAUGGCCUGUUGUCAUGCUGAAGGAAACAAGCCCUGGGUCUCAUGUUUAUGCCUAGAUAAUAACUGUAUACACAUCGUACAGUUGCACUUCAUUCCAUGGACGUUUACAACAAUGGAUGUUCACGGUGUCUGUGAUGGUUGGCUCAGAAUUUUGGUUAUAUUGAUUCAUGGUUUGUGUCAAUAUUGUUAGUUGGUUCCCUGUUCAAUGCUUGCUACCUAAAACGUCAUCUAAAGUUUUCACUUUGUUACUGUUGUAAGUUAGAUGAAAGCAAGUAAAUCAGACUAGUUGACAAUUCAUUAAAAAACUUUAUUUCUUCAAUUCUACCCCCAACCUUCUUUAAUGACCCAUGGGUACUUAAAAGCUUACACAAUGUACUACUACUUACACAUGUAAACUAUCCUUCAAAUUCGGAAAUACAAAAAUGUAAUACACAUUGAACAUGAAAAUAGAAGCCUCAUCAUCAAAACAAACAUAAGAUGCACUUGCUUAGUAAACUGACUGCAUAAAUUAGUAACUAGAGGUACUUUGGUAAGAU